AAGCACUAAAAUAAUCCAAGCUGACAGAGCAGGUGCAGACAGCUCACAGUCUGUGAGCAGGAGAAAUGGGCUGCUUGAGAAUGUGUUUGUGUGGUAGAGUCUGGAGCUUACUGUCUGCAGGAAACCCUGGGGUGGAUAUAAGAGGUCCGAGUCCAAGAGAUGGAGGAGGGGGUCAGCGCUGGAGUGCAGCAGCCAAAGGCCAGGGUGAUCGAGGCGCUAUGUCUAGCUCUGUCAGUAACCAGACAGGCCUGGUGAAUGUCACCAGCUGUGUAACCCCGACACUGACUCUCAAUCUACGUUCAUCACACAACGAGCUGCUUAAUGCUGACAUCAAGAGAUCGACACCACCUAAAGGUCGUAAGGUUUAUGCUUCUACUGACCUUCAGACUGCUAUGGGACUGGCUGAUGAGACUGCCAACAGCAAGUGGCUGAAGGACGGACGAAACCAGAUGCGCAAGGCUGCUGAGAACGAGAGGAAAGACCAGAAUUGGAACGUCACCUUGAGAACAGAAGAGACUGAGAGCUCUGCAAAGAAGGAGCAGCCAGAAUCGGCAGACAAGGAGCAAGCAGUGAACCAGGCUGUUUCCCAAAGUAAAGGCUUUCUCAGUUACUACAUGGGCCUGGAACUUUCCCUCAACGCAUGUGGUGGGAAUUCUGACAAAGGACAGCCAUUGGUCAUCCAGUUGGAUCAGGGAGAAUUUGAGGCAUAUGAGUCAGAUUCAGCAAGUCAACCCUCUGAAAUCCGGUCAGGCUCCAAGACACAUGGAGAGCAGCCAGUGGAAGAUGAAAAGGCCGGACUGACCAACCCAUUGGACGCACCUAGUGACCAUCGGAAAAGCUCGUGUCUCUUAUUUGGAAUGAAAAAUACCGCAGCUAGUGACGAGGAUUCGAGCUGGACCAGCCUUUCCCAAGGCAGUGCUUCUUGGAGUUCCCCUGAUGAUAUAGAUCCUAUCUGGAAUCGGAAUUCAUUUGAGACAGAUGCAGACCUGCCCUCUGGCUGGAUGCGGGUACGAGACACCUCGGGGACAUAUUACUGGCACAUUCCCACAGGAACAACUCAGUGGGAACCGCCACCUCCUGCUUGUGAUCAGGAAUCAGGAUCUCGGAAACCUUCUGCCAUGUCACAGUGUACAACUCCCUUGGAGGAUCCACAGGAGAUCCAAACCACAACUGAGACCUCAGAUACAAGUCUGAAAGAAUUUGAGGGGGCUACACUAAGAUACGCAUCUUUGAAUCUGGGAGGUCAAACAGAAGAGGAUAAUUACAAAAACAUCCUAAAUACUGAUGAUGAGUCAAAGUGUUUUUCUGUCCGCUCCCUUGGUUGGGUGGAGAUGUUGGAGGAGGAUCUUGCUCCAGGAAAGAGCAGCAUUGCCGUCAACAACUGCAUACGACAGCUGUCCUACCACAAGAACAACCUGCGCGAUGCUGCGGGCACCUGGGGGGAGGGUAAAGACAUGCUGCUCCUGCUUGAGGAUGACACACUGAACCUCAUCGAUCCCCUGGGCCAGAAUCUGCUGCAUACGCAACCGAUUGUCAGCAUCCGGGUAUGGGGUGUCGGCCGGGACAGUGGGCGUGAGAGGGAUUUUGCCUAUGUCGCCAGAGACAAACUGACACGUGUAUUGAAAUGUCACGUAUUCCGCUGUGACAUGCCAGCGAAGGCCAUUGCCACCAGAUUGCAUGAAAUCUGCUCAAAGAUCAUGGCUGACAGGAAAGAUACGAAGACCUCAAUGAACGGGAUCCUAUUUGACCAUUCAAAGCUUGUUGAUGUCCCAUUCCAAGUGGAGUUUCCAGUGCCCAAGAGUGAGCUUGUUCAAAGAUUCCAGGUGUUGUACUUGGGAAAUAUUGCAGUGACCAAGCCUGUAGACACUAGGCACCUCUGGAGAGCAGGGAUGCUGGGAGCCAGUCGUGGGUCAGGGAUGCAGAGAUCAGGUAUGGAUGUGAUAAACAGUGCGCUGGAGAACACUAUCCAGAACAGCCACAAGCAGAACUGGACUCCAGUCAUCGUCAAUGUGGCUUCAGCGACUCUCACUAUUAUCAAUGAGGAGAGUGAAGAGGUUCUGUCAGAAUGCCGAGUGCGUUUCCUCUCCUUUAUGGGUGUUGGCCGAGAUGUUCAUUCCUUUGCCUUCAUCAUGGCUGCUGGUCCUGAUCAGUUUGAUUGUCACAUGUUCUGGUGUGAACCCAAUGCUGCUGGCCUAUCAGAGGCUGUGCAGGCAGCAUGCAUGCUCCGAUAUCAGAAAUGUUUAGAUGCUCGGCCGCCUGGUCUCGGAAACUCGCUGACUGUGCCGUGUGCAGAUUCUGUUGCCAGGAGAGUCGGUUCCAGUGUUAAAAAAGGCGUUCAGACUCUCCUGGGCUCCUUCAAACCUAAACGCUCUGGAUCCCAGACUCCCUAACAGCUCCAAGGAUCAGAUUGGACCUGCACUUUCAGGACUCUUUCCUCUUUAGUAACAAAACUGCCAACAAGAACAAUUCAAAUUCAUGUGCCAGUGAGUAAAGCCCACAACCAAAACUUCUCUCUCUCUCUCUGCUUCCCCCUCUUUGUCUCCCCCGGUCCCAUCCACAUCUCUCUCUACAAACUGUCUCUACACUCCCCACAACUCUCUCCCCAUCCUGUAUCUCCCCAAACUGUUUUGUGUCUUCCCCUGUCCUCUGGCAUCUCCUCCUCUCCUCUCACAUCUCUCCACCCAAUGACAACCCCCACCCCCACCCCAGCUCGCUCCAUUCCUCCUCUCCUCUCUCUUAACAAGCUGACAGGACACCAGCAGUGUCUGGUGACUGUCUCUCCAGGAUCCAGCAUCUCCCCAGGUAAGGGGCCCCUGUGUGGGGACCAUUACUGAUUUUGGAGCUAAGUACCAGUGAAACCUGAUACUUCUAAAAAUGUUGGAUCCUAAGUUAAUAUUUUGAUUUGUAAAAUAUUGAGGGUUUAGAUAUUUAAGGGCUGGACCUUUAGCCGGAAAGCAGUGACAGACCUGGGGUAGCAGAGUAUUUCCAGGGCUUGGGUCUGAGGCCAGAAAGCAGCGAUGGACCUCGUUCUCCCAAGAGUUUGAAAAACCCACAGGAUUCCUCCUUUCAAGCAGGAAGUGGAAUUUGAUGUGCCUUUUUUUGUUGGAAUGUACAGUUCAUCAUGACAACGCUACAGAAUGUUCCUGAACAACACUACACUGAUCAUAGCAGCACUACAGCAUCUCCCAUGGCAAUGAGUCUCUGCUCCCCACACCUCCAGGUGUUGAUGCCCAGUAUUUUUGCAGUGAUCAAUCUGCCUGUGUUUCUCUCUCUCUGUCUCUCUCUCUCUGCUUUUCUUGCUGUUGCACGACUGCUCAGACCUGAUGGCGAACUGGUCGGUCCCAGGAACCUUUCUGCUGGCCUGACCAUGGCUGGAAUUAGAUCAUUCGAGGAAGGCAGUCCAGGAUCAGGAAACCAUGGCAAUUAUAUUCCCUGUGUACCUGUCUGAGUCUGAGAUGGACCUGAGCCCAGACACUAAAGUACUGGUCUUUUCUAAUCACUAGGUCUAUGCCCCUGGUACCAGGUUUGCUGUGAGUUGCGAUGGGUGUGAUGGCGACUCUUAUUGCUCCCACCAUAUGCAGACUGUGGGCGUGAUUCUGAGUCUGGCCCAUUACUAAACUAGAAUCAUACCCAAAAUCCAGUUGUGGAUUUGUGUGUUUUGAAUGGACAAGCAGUGACUAUGGACAUAUGUUAUCGCACUGGUAAGCUGAUCGUGCCUCUUACUGAUCUUGUGUUUAACAUGUACCCUCUGCACAGUCAAAAUAUUUAAUUUAAACAAGGGAUGGAAAUGAAGCAGUGUCAACAAGGCCAACUCGAGGUGACCCAGGAGUAGGGGCAUAGUAUGGCACUACACUCAUGGUCAUCCUGAGUGCUCAGGAAACUCCUGCAGCCAGGGCUUUCUCAAGCAACAGUUGCCCCUUACCUCAGCCCCCUCGUGAUGGCUGAAUAGUGAUGUUGAUUCAGUCAAUUUCUGCCUGCCCAGCACCAUCCCUUCCCUCCCCUGUGACUUAAGCUCAAAAAUGUGACUCCUGUAAAGUAUUUUAAUUGUUGGUUUGCAUUAUUAUUGACAUCCUGUACCUGUAUUUAAUGUGCAAACAUUAAUAAUGAGAUGUGAUUACCAUGAGCAUUAUAAGGGUGCGAUGAAUGUCCAUGUGGUACUAGCCUCUUACACUAAUUCACAACAGCUGCUGGACGCACUACACAUCUGAACUUACACACACUCUCAAAAACUAUGACUGCCCUUAAAUGUUGGAGAGCUGGGGGAGUGACUUGCUUUACACUGACCCUUGGGCUCUCUGUGUUGAAUAAUAGAUUCCUUGAGUAACUUCACAUUAAUUCUCAAUGCAGAAUUGUAUGAAAAAACGUUGGAGCUUAACCUGUGUGUUAUUGUGAAUUAACAAAAUAAAUGUCACAGUGUCGUGUCUCCUCAUG